AUGAGUUACAUUUGUCUAUCCUCUCUUUCUCAAAAAAAGAAGAAGGAAGAAAAGAAGGAGAAAAAGAAGAAAGGAAAGGAGGAAGAAGGAGGAAAGAAGGGAAAAAGGAUGAAAGGAAAAAGGAAAGGAAAGAAAGAAGGAAGGAAGGAAGGGAGGAAGGAAUAA